AUAUGGGCACUUCGAAUGGCUGGUUAUGCCGUUUGGCCUUACGAAUGCCCCAACCACUUUCCAAGCGGCUAUGACAACGGAGUUCCGACACAUGCUGGAUCGACUCGUACUUGUCUACCUCGACGACAUUUUGGUGUACAGUCGGAGUUUGGACGAGCAUGUGGAGCACCUGCGCAUCGUUUUGGAGCAGCUACGACAAGCCAAGUACAAAGCCAACAGCGACAAAUGUGAAUUCGCGCGGCAAGAGCUGGAGUACUUGGGACAUUAUGUGACGCGGCAAGGCAUCCGUCCGCUUGCGGAGAAGAUCGAGGCCAUCCGCGUAUGGCCCGAGCCCACCAACACCACGGACGUUCGUUCAUUCAUGGGGUUGGCGGGCUACUAUCAGCGAUUCAUCACCGGGUACUCAAGGAUUGUUGCACCUAUGACGAGAUUACAAUCGCCAAAGGUGCCAUUCGUAUUCGAUGACGACGCACGCCGGUCAUUCCAAGCACUUAAGAUGGCCAUGCUCAUGGCACCCGUCCUUAGCAUCUAUGACCCCACCCUGCCUACGAGAGUGACAACUGACGCUUCUGGCUAUGGCAUUGGGGCAGUCUUGGAACAACACGAUGGCGACGACUGGCUCCCUGUGGAGUAUAUCAGCCACAAAGUGCCUCGCAUCAAUUCUCUUGAUGAUGCAAGGAAGAAGGAGCUGCUCGCAUUUGUGAUGGCUCUCAAGCGAUGGCCACACUUCCUCCUUGUGCGUCGUAGGUUCACAUGGGUCACGGACAACAACCCAUUGACGUACUACAAGACGCAGGAUAGGGUGAGCAGCGCAAUCGGACGAUGGAUGUACUUCAUCGACCAAUUUGACUUCACACCGAAACAUCUCCCCGGCCUCUCCAAUCGCGCAGCAGAUGCACUCUCGUGAAGACCUGAUCUUUGCGCUAUGACACAUCAUGUCUUCGCAUUC